CCUUUCCAGCCUUCCAGCGCGUUUUUCGUGUGAUGACGUGUCUGUAGUCUACACUACAAACGAUCUCCCAGCGUCAUUUUUCAGCAAACUAAAGUAGCCAGUCCUCCGAUUCUGGAUUAACUGAUUAGGAAAAUGUAUCUUGAGCUGUUGAACAGCAAUACAGAGUUCACACGAUUCCAGUCGUACGCGAUAUUGUUACAAUAUUGGAUUAAACCAGAAUGACGUCGUUUUCUCGAUUGGGACGCAGGGAAUUCCCCUUAGCUUGUCUUUUAAUAAAUAUUGUUCCCUAAUAUAUGAUUGUUUACAAGUUCUUGCGCUAUAUUGCGUUGAAAUAAUUCCUUAGAUGUUAUCGGGUUGUGUCGAAAGCAGUAUAUUUAUCGUGUGGAUUUUCAAAGAGCAUUGCGAGCAGAGUGUAUCACAAGCAUGAUAUGAACGAGAUACUUGCACAUAAACUAAUCCAGUCCUGAAUUCAAAGUUUGCAGCUUUUGCAACGUAAUUAAAAAAACGUUUGAGUGACGAUGUAGCGACAACAAUGUCACCGGAAUGGAUAACGUCAUUCAUUCAUUCUCUCUAAAAGAAACAUCGGAUAAAAAAGGCAAAGAGAAGAUAAAAAAGGACGUUGCUAUUUCAGUCUGUGCAUUCUCAAAUAGCAAUGGCGGGAAUGUGGAAAUACGUGUUGAAGAAACGGAAGGAAACUUGGUCUCCACCGCAGCACUCGACUCCUUGACCCGAAUGCUAGAACAGUCUUUAAUAUCCCGGUUCGGAGUUGAUAUAACCAAAUCAGUCGACUUUAAAGAGGAGAAACAUGAAAAAAUUAUUUUAAUUAAAGUCAGGAAAGUUCCCUCACUCGUCACAUAUAAAUGCAAUCUUUACCGCCCCCUUCAAAAACAAGUUGAGCUCAUUGGCAACGUCCAAAUCGCGUUAAAAAUAAUGAGCAGAAGAUUUGUUGAUCAACCCGUCCAACUUGGCUCACACCACAAAACAUUCCAUAAAGGUCAAGACUGUGGUUUCGUAGAAGAUGUCGUCAUUCAAUUCAAGCUCGUAAUGGCAGCUCCAUCAAAGCGCGUCACACUCGCAGAUCGUAUGACUGGUAAAAGUAACAAAUUCAGUUGUUACGUAUCAGCGUUCGCUAACCACAGGGGUGGUCACAUUUACUAUGGUAUCGAUGAUGAUGGCAUUGUUCAGGGAGAGGAAACAGAAAAAAAUUCCGAAGUUCUAAACAAAGUUGAAAAAGCCAUCCAGAAAAUGAUCUGGCCUGACGUGAUUGGCCAACCAAAACGAGGAGAACACUGGGAAAUUUUCUUUCAACCAGUGCUGGACGAGAAGUCCAACCCUAUCCCAUCAACGUUUGUGAUCGUGAUCUUUAUCGCUCCUUGUUUUGGUGGAGUGUUCACAGAGGAACCAGAAAGCUAUGAAAUGGUGGAGGGGAAAGUUGAAAGAAUGCCGUUUAUAACAUUAAAGGAGAAACUACAGCCUGCUGGUCAAAAGAAGAGAAAGCAAAAAGUUCCUUCCGCAAUCAAACGUAUUUCAUUAAGUUCUGCGUCAAAAAAGCGUUGCCUCAAGGUUCUUGAAGUUUUAACCGAUGCCAUUAAUAAUGGAGAAAUGGAGUCUUUCGAGAGUCGCGCCAGUCAACUUGAACGGAGUUAUCCGAACGAUCUCGGCGUACAAUUAGUUGUAUUGGCGAGGAGAGUAAUGGCAUGUUAUCGACGAGGAAAUAUUUGCGAAGCGUCUGUCUUGGUUAAUGAAAAGCAAGAGUUGUUUAUCCGAGCAGGAGAACCUUUUUCAUCCGUUUUUGUGUUGUUGAAAGCAGCAUUAGAGUGUGUGUCUGGUGAAUCGAGUGAACCCAGAGAUAUCCUAACCCAUGCUUUAACCAUGGCAGAACGCAUAGAACCCGGAAUUUUUACUACUGCUGGUAUGUUAGUUGCGGCAUCAACUUAUGAUAUUCCAAAAGUCGACGAAGGAUUAUCACCGGACGAAUUUUGUAUCACUGCACUGGAGCACCUGGAGUAUGUUGAAGGUGCCCCCGUGACACAGGCGGACAUGUACCAUCUUGCACACAUCACGUUGGCCACAUAUCUGCUGGGAUUUAAUUUGUCAGGAAAAAUGAUCAAAAAAGACAUCGAUAAAGAGAGCUUCGAAAAAGCAAAAAAAAGUGUCAUGGAAGUAAAUCAAUCAGUAUGUGACGGAAAUCCAUUAACCGAAUACAGAGAGAUUUGGUUCAAGUUGGCUCAAUCAAUGCUUUCCAUCAGACGCGCGCAAUUCGAAACUGAAAAGCAAAACAAAUACAUCAAGGAUGCAUUUAGAUACGCAAAGAAAGCGUAUGAUCAAGCGAAAGAUUAUCGACUCAAAGAAACAGCUUCCUGGGUUCAGAAUACAAUUGCUUCUUUUAUCGAAGCGUUAGUUCUUGCAAAGUUGACCGUAAUGAAAAACAUAAAAGUAUUUAAAGUACGGCAAAAAGUGUGAGAACCACAGCAAAAAACGAUAAUUAACGGUCCACUAAACCUUUCAAUCACCAAAAUUAAUGGAACAUAUGUACAGGCAAAAACUCACCAGGCACAAACAUUUAGUAAUAGAAACUUCUAUUUACGAAAUUUCUCCGUUUACCAUGGGGCAUGUGUCUGGAAGUAUUUACGUAAUCAACUUAUAUACAAUGGCAAAAAUUAAGGGUUAAAUAGUAUACCGCGAAACGGGUGACGAAAAAAAAGAUUCAGAAAAUUUAUUAUAGAAAAAAAAGAUAAAUACCCUAGUUUUUGCAUAAGCACCGCUGAAUCCCAAAAGGUCAAGAUUAAAUUUUGAUAUAUAAACUUUGGCAUAGCCAGCAUCGAUAAUUGGGG